GGCUGCUGGGCUCGCAGAGCAGAGCAGGCGGAGCGGAGUGUCCGGAACUCACAGUCGGCAGAGACAGCCCUCCCGGUCGGUGCGUUCCUUGCGCUUCUCCCCUCAAGUCUCAUAACAGUGGUGUUCCUCCAGGGUGCCGAGGACAAGUGGCUGCUUUACUUCUGAGUUCUGACCGAACCGCAGCUGUGGGGGUUCUGUUUGGAUUUAUUCUGAGGACUAAACACGAAGUUUGGACUCGCCUCAAAGUGUUCUUCUCAUCGUUGUUAAGGUAUGCCUGUGGUCAUCAGUGUGUCUGCGGACACGUAACCAGAGGUUUUUCAGCUGCCAUGGCCUCGACAGUCGCGUGGCUGUUGCCUAUCGUAGUGAUCACGGUUCUGGCAGCGCUGGUUUCAUCAGAGGAGCACGAGUGGCACUUUAACCCAGCUCAGUGUCGGUACGCCCUGGGGAUGGAGGACGGCACCAUUCCAGACUCUGACAUCACCGCCUCCAGCGCCUGGUCCGACUCCACUGAAGCCAAACACGGAAGGCUGAGCACUGGAGAGGGAGAUGGAGCAUGGUGUCCAGCAGGACCCGUCUUUCCCAGCGGAUCAGAAUACCUUCAGGUUGACCUGCAUAAACUCCAUUUCCUGGCUCUGGUUGGCACUCAAGGUCGCCACGCCGAUGGCCUCGGUCAGGAGUUUGCUCGCAGUUAUCGACUUCGUUACUCCAGAGAUGGACAGAAAUGGAUCACCUGGAAGGAUCGCUGGGGACAAGAGGUGGUGUCAGGUAAUGAGAACACCUAUGAUGUCGUGCUGAAAGACCUCGGACCCCCCAUUGUGGCCCGUAUGGUCCGCUUCUACCCCCUGGCUGACCGGGUGAUGAGUGUUUGCCUUCGGGUGGAGCUCUAUGGCUGUGUGUGGAAUGAUGGUUUGAAGGCGUACACAGCUCCAGUGGGUCACGUCAUGAACUUGCAGGGCACGUCGGUCUAUCUAAACGACUCCACCUACGAUGGAACCGUAGAACAAGGGAUGCAGUUCGGAGGCCUGGGCCAGCUUUGUGAUGGCGUCCUGGGAGGAGACGACUUCAUAGAAACAAAGGAGUUGAGGGUGUGGCCGGGGUACGACUACCUGGGUUGGAGUCGGGACACCCUCGGACAAAGCAGCGUGGAUAUCGAGUUUCAGUUUGAGAAACCAAGACUCUUCAACAACAUGCAGGUGCACAGUAACAACCGGCACACGCAGGGCGUGCGAGUCUUCAGUAAAGUGGAGUGUCUUUUCAAGCCCAGCCUCCUCCAGCCCUGGUCCUCUCCUGCCCUCACCUUACCCGUACCCCUCGAGGAUCUGAAGGACCCCUCUUCACGACCCAUCUCCCUCCCACUGGCCGGUCGUUUGGCUCAAAUCCUCCGCUGCAGAUURUACUUUGCAGACCAGUGGCUGCUCAUCAGUGAGAUUUCCUUCCUCUCAGAGCCGUUUGCGGAGGACGUCACCAACAUCGAUUCGUUUCUUCACAAUCCUCCAAAGUUUCCAGACACCACCUCCUCUCCUCCUGUGAACUCCACCACAUCGAGCCGCGGCUCCUUCAGCACCACCUCCGGACCUUCUGAGUCCCUUCCCGCCACCUUCAUGAUGGACACCACUGGUAACUGGACGCUGUCAGGAAGAAAGUUUUCUGCCGUCACACCGAGGGCGGGACUUCCUGUAGCCAAAGAUGACAGCAGUAACACGGCUAUUCUGAUUGGCUGCCUGGUGGGCAUCAUCCUGCUGCUGCUGGCUGUGAUCGCUGUCAUUCUUUGGAGGCAGUACUGGAAAAAGAUCCUGGGAAAGGCCCAGGGCAGCCUGUCCAGUGAUGAGCUCCGAGUUCACCUGUCAGUCCCCUCAGACAACGUGGUUAUCAACAACACGCACAGCUACUCCAGCCGCUAUCAGCGCAUACACACGUUCCCGGACGACCGUGAACUUGACCGAGAGGUGGAGGGAGAGUAUCAGGAGCCGAGRGCUCUGCUCCGGCCCAGAGAUCAGAGGGACAGCACGGCCUUGCUGUUAAACACUCCAGCCUAUCACCUGCUCGUACCAGAUCACAGAAAAGGCUCCAGAGUUGUGGUCAUCCCGAGCUCCACUCAGGCUCAGGAGAAGAGCCUGAAUGUGCCUCAGGCUUGUGGUCUCGACUUGGACUUGGAGAAAGGCUUCCCCUCAACACAAGAGGAGCCCCCUCCCUAUCCGGGGUCUCCACCUUAUCCUUCUUUGUCUCCGCCCGUCUCCCCCCCUCUGCCUCCCAGCGUCCCCCACUACGCAGAGGCCGACAURGUGAGUCUUCAAGGCGUGAGCGGGAACAACACCUACGCAGUGCCGGCCUUGGCCUCCUCCAGCCCCGGCGCCGACGCCACCCCGCUGCCGGAGCUGCAGCGCCAGUGUCUCAUCUUCAAGGAGAAGCUGGGGGAGGGACAGUUUGGGGAGGUGCACCUGUGUGAAAUCGAAAACCCUCAAGACCUUCCAAACUUGGAGUUUCCCUUUAACGUGAGGAAAGGUCGCCCUCUGCUGGUGGCGGUGAAGAUACUGCGCCCAGACGCCUCGAAGAACGCCAGGAACGACUUCCUGAAAGAGGUGAAGAUCUUGUCUCGCCUGAAGGACCCGAACAUCAUCCGCCUGCUGGGCGUGUGUGUGAGCAGCGACCCCCUCUGCAUGGUCACUGAGUACAUGGAGUGUGGAGACUUGAACCAGUACCUGUCCCAUCGAGUCCUGCUGGACAAAACGGGGCCUUCACACAACACCCCCACCAUCAGUUACCCRGCCCUCAUCUCCAUGGCGAGCCAGAUCGCUUCAGGGAUGAAGUUCCUGUCMUCGCUCAACUUCGUGCACCGGGACCUGGCCACCCGUAACUGUCUGGUUGGGGGGGAGAGGGGGGAGGACGGCGAGGAGCGAGGCGGCGAGCGCCACAUAAAGAUAGCGGACUURGGGAUGAGCAGGAACCUGUACGCCGGAGACUACUACAGGAUCCAGGGCAGAGCCGUGCUGCCCAUACGAUGGAUGGCCUGGGAGUGUAUACUCAUGGGUAAGUUCACCACAGCCAGCGACGUGUGGGCGUUCGGGGUCACCCUGUGGGAGAUGCUGAGCGUUUGUCAGGAGCAGCCGUACUCCAACCUCACAGACGAACAAGUCAUCGACAACGCCGGCGAGUUCUUCAGAGACCAGGGCAGACAGGUGUAUCUGAGCCGGCCGGCCGUGUGUCCUCAGGGUCUCUACGAGCUCAUGCUGAGCUGCUGGAACAGAGACUGCAAGCUCCGCCCAUCCUUCGCCUACAUCCACUCCUUCCUCACCGAGGACGCCAUGAACAUGGUUUAAAGUCGGAGACAGAGAAACGAGGAGGAGGAGGGGGAGCUUGUUUUUGCUGGUGGACCCCCCAGUACAGCGGGAUGGUGUGAUGGAGGGUCUCACAGGGAGACGGGGGAGGCUCAUUUUUAUAUUGUGUACUUUUUUGGGUGGAUGGGGGGGGGACGCUGAGACACCGCUGGUUCGGUUUUGCUUCAGAUCCCAAAGGCUUUUGAUGGAUAAAAGUCUAAAUUUCUUAUAGUUGGUGGUGGGUUUUCUCUUGUUUCAGACACUUUACAGUCAAAUGAAACAUCUUAAAGCAGGUGAGCAGGUGGCUGCAAAUCAAACUGAACUCUGAAUACCUGUCGUUCAGGUGAAGUAACAAACAAGGAUUAGAUUAUUUCUAGUUAGUCCCACCUUCUGACCACAUCUGCUCGUUUCCUCUCGGCUCUAACUUCCUGCUUUUUGACGCACGGCCACAGGUUCUAUGUCCAUGGAUCAGACGACAGACGCAGCUUCCAUCUCUAAACUGUUUGAAACAAAAAGCUGCACACCUGCUGCCAAACAAACUCCCAAAGCUUUAGGAGAGAGGCGCAGAGCGAGUCCGCAGCCAGCAGUGGACGGGACUUCUUUAUAUGAUAUGACUAUAUUUUUAAUUCCUUUAUCUGAUUCUGUCAGAAUGAAUAAUUUUUAAAAUUCCACAACCAGCUGCACUUUACCCAACAUGCAUUUCCUUUCCUGUGAUCCAACUCUUCUCCAUCCUGGGCCUGAACGAUAAUUCCUGUGAUGUAUCAACAUGCAAAGACUUUAUUAUUUUUAUUAUUGAUAUUCUGCUGAGGAAUAUCACUAAGCACAGGCCUAAAUCUACAACCCCUCUCUACAAGUGUUGCCAAACCAUUAGAUGUAAAAUAGUGUUUGAUAAUAAAAACUGGAAUGGCAUUCUGAUUUUAUUUCUAAUGUUCUGUAUAAAUGAGAUGUUACUGACUCAAUAAACCUGAUGAUCCAAAUACA